AUGUCAUUCUUUUCCAAACUAGGUGGAUUUCCUAGAAGUGUACGGACAGCUGUGAUAACAUUGACAUGGUUCCCCGUGGUGUAUACUUUUUCAAACCAUAUCUAUCAACCAUGUCAGAUCAAGGGGAUUUCAAUGUCUCCUACAUUUAAUCCCAAUACAUCAUCAACCACUCAAGAUGUGGUACUAGUACAGAAAUUCGGGGUGAAAAAGCCAGGUUCACUAUCGCGUGGUGAUGUUGUUAUGUUCCAUAGUCCGCAAGAUCCAGAAAAGUUGGCUACAAAGAGAAUCGUUGCUACUCAAGGUGAUUCAAUUCGUACUCAUAGUCCUCCAUAUCCUCGUCCUGAAGCUAGAGUUCCUCGAAAUCAUCUUUGGGUAGAGGGAGAUAAUACUUUCCAUUCCAUAGAUUCGAACACGUUUGGUCCUAUAAGUCAAGGCUUGGUGACUGGCAAAGUUGUUGCCGUCAUAUGGCCGCCUUCUAGAUUCGGAGCUGACAUAAUACAUAAUGGUGAAGAUGACCGCAUUCAAGACCUCUUAGCGUAA